CUUCUCUGUGCAUGGUCGCUGUACCAUGUGCCUCAUCGCCGGACGCAGUACUUAGGUGCUCGGGCCGCGAGGGUGUCUCGGUACCGCGGGCUCCCUCUUCAGUCUUGACCAUCCACCACGAUGUUGAAGCCCACUCUCCUCGCCGCAGUGCUGUCCGCAUCGGGGGUGCUGGCCCUCAAAAAUGGCGUGGGCGUGACCCCUGCUAUGGGGUGGAACCCGUACAAUGCCUUCCUGUGUAACACGGUCGAGUCGCAGUACAAGGCCCAAGCCCAAGCGUUCGUCAAUCAGGGCUUUCCUGCACUGGGAUACAACUACUUCAACAUGGACUGUGGCUGGCAAUCGACGGCGCGGACUUCGAAUGGAUCCAUCACCUGGGACCCCUCCAUAAUCCCAGACGGUGUCCCCAACUUGGCCAGCUUCGUGCAUGGACUCGGCCUCAAAUUCGGUGUCUACUCUGACGGAGGCGUGUUUGCAUGUGAUUUUGUCGGUGGGAAGGCCCACUACGUGGGCUCUCUGGGACACGAAGCCGCCGAUGCUGCGACGUUCGCUAAUUGGGGUGCCGAUUACCUCAAGUACGACAACUGCUACGCCGUCAACAGCACCGACUUUGUCGACGAUACCCCUCCCAUCUCUAUCGAGGCCCACUACUCAACUAUGCAAUCUGGCUUGGCUGCGACUGGUCGGGCCAUCAACUUCGCUGCCUGCGAAUGGGGAGUACAAGAUCCCGCCCGCUGGCCGGCAAGUUCUGUGGCCAACUCGUGGAGAAUCGCCAACGACAUCGGGCCACCCCCGAGCUGGGACAAUCUAUUCCGGAUCAUCAACCAGCUUGUGCCGAUCACGCAGUUUGCCGGUCCAGGAGGUUUCAAUGAUCUUGACUUGCUGGAAGUCGGGAAUAGCGGUCUCUCUGUGGAUGAACAACAGACUCAUUUCGCGUUCUGGGCUGCGGUCAAAUCUCCGCUGUUCAUUUCGACCGAUCUCACCACGGCUACCGCAGCAACGCUGAACAUCCUGAAGAAUCAGAGAAUCAUCGCUCUCAAUCAAGAUUCGCUUGGAAAGUCGAUUGUCUUCAAGAGACGAUACACGAAUGACCACGAUGUCUGGGCGGGUCCUCUAUCUGAUGGCUCGACAGUCGCUGUAAUCAUCAAUUGGCAAACUUCAAACCGCUCGCUUACCUUCAACCUGGCUGAUGUUGGCUUCACCUCGGCGACGGCCACAAAUCUCAUCACUGGCGCAUCUCUCGGAAAGCUGACUACUUCCUUCACCGCCACCGUUCCCGCCCAUGGCUCGAUGGUGCUGAAGCUCACUGGAGGUACCGCAGCUGCUGCUCCUCAAUUCACAUACUACGCUGCCACAUCCGGAGCUCUUUCCGGAGGAGCUGCGACCCGAGUUGUCAGCAGCUCUGUGUCUGUUGUGGGCUUCGUUGGAUUGGGCGGAGUUCUGACAUUCUCUGGAGUCGAUGGCGGAACCUCCGGCGGAACCAAACUGGUUUCCUUUGACUACAUCAACGGAGAUGUCACGUGGAGCAACACCGCCUGCUCGAAUUGCCGCAAUGCCCUGGUAAGCGUGAAUGGCGGUGCAGCUGUGCAGGUCCAGUUCCCCCUAUCUGCCCAAAGCUGGGAUAUCUUGUUCCAGGGCUAUCUGGUUUCACUCUCCGGAUUCAAGCCGGGCAAGGUCAACACAGUCGUCAUUCAAAACUCUGCGGCGUACACGCCUGAUUGGUGGAGAAUGGGCGUAGUUGUAUAAUCUUGUAAUCUGUCGCGUGUGACAAGCCGGAUGGCUGUGCUUCUUAUCUCUGUUUCGCCGCGAUUACACGUGAUCGCGUAUACCUAACCUUAACCUGACUUAUUCACAUCAUCGCCUCAUCUCAUCGUCCAUCUCUCGAAUCUCCACCAUGUCUCGUUUCGUCCGAGCCUCCAAAUAUCGGUUUGUGCACGACCCAUUCUCCAUCCGAAUCUCCUUAGAAAGUCCGCAGCCACGUCUUUGGCCAACCUGCUAAGAAAGAGCAUGGCCUUGACAACGUCAAAGUAACCAACAGCGCCUGGGAUACCAAUGUCAUCGCUGCGUCGGGAGUAAGCAGCGAUAGUACCGCUCGAAAUAGACAGCGCCUC